AUGGGUUUGAGGUUAAACAGCCAGAAGAGUGUGUUAUUGCAGAGGCAGCAAAAGACCUUUCUAGGAGUGAUCCUGGUUUCUUGCACGAUGCAGGAAUUAAAAUCCAAACCACAAGCGUGGACCAGCCGUGUGAAAGAUAAAUACCACAGAUGUAACCUCAGUAAUCCACAUGCAACAGAUGUUGAAAUGUCCAUGCUCUUAUUUCAGUGUUAUUUACUUUGUUCCCCAGGAAUCACAACUGUGCUUACCAUGACCACUUUGAGUACCAUUGCUCGGAAGUCCUUACCCAAAGUGUCGUACGUCACAGCUAUGGACCUCUUCGUGUCUGUGUGCUUCAUCUUUGUUUUCGCCGCUCUAAUUGAGUACGGAAUGCUCCACUACUUUGUGAGCAACCGCAAGCCCAGCGCAAAAAAAGACAAGAAGAAGAAAAAUCCUCUCCUGCGGCUCUUUUCCUCAAAGCAGGCCCCCACCGUGGACAUCCGCCCGCGCUCAGCCACCGCCAUCCAGAUGAACAACGCCACCCACAUGCAGGAGCGGGACGAGGAGUACGGCUACGAGUGUCUGGACGGGAAGGACUGCACCAGCUUCUUCUGCUGCUUUGAGGACUGUCGCUCAGGAGCCUGGCGGCACGGCCGUUUGCACAUCCGUGUCGCUAAGAUAGACUCUUACGCCCGCAUUUUCUUUCCUACUGCAUUUGGUCUAUUCAAUGUAGUUUACUGGUUUUCAUAUCUCUAUCUUUAAAAAAUACAUAUAUAGGCCUAUAUACAAAGGCUGGCCUUAUUUUAUGUUACAGAUUCCAGCAAGACCCUUUCUUGGAAACGGGAACCCAUUGAAAACAUUUAGUUGCAGUGUGUUGUUGUUGUU